UGUUUUUAGCUGCUCCCUCUUGGUUCCUAACGUUAUGUUUUCGGCUCAGUCAUUAAAAUGGAGCUGAUGAAACCGGUGAAUUUUACAGUAAACGUUUCUGAGUGACCUUGUAGGAGCCUUCAAGACGACAAAGCCAUGGGGAAUACAAGCAGUGAGAGGGCUGCAAUGGGCCAUGGAGAGAAGGCUCAGAGGAGGGACAGCCGGGGAAUCAAAGAGGGAGAAAGGCCAAAAAUCUUGAUGGAUAGCCCAGAGGAUGCUGAUAUUUUUCAUGGAGAAGAUAUGAAGGCUCCUUUAGAGAAGGAGGAGUUUCUUGCAUGGCAGCAAGACUUAGAAGCAGACGACAAAGGACCAACAUUAGAUCGACCAACAGUCUUUCGGUGGACUGGAGAUGGAAAGGAGGUCUACAUCUCUGGAUCCUUCAACAACUGGGCCAACAAGAUCCCUCUUAUAAGAAGUCAGAACACAUUUGUGGCCAUAGUUGAUCUACCUGAAGGAGAGCAUCAGUAUAAGUUUUAUGUGGAUGGACAGUGGACUCAUGAUCCUACAGAGCCUGUUGUGACCAGCAACCUUGGCACAGUCAACAACAUCAUCCAGGUGAAGAAAACGGACUUUGAGGUGUUCGAUGCUCUGAUGGUGGAUUCACAGAAAUCCUCUGAUGUUUCAGACCUGUCCAGCUCUCCUCCUGGGCCGUACCAUCAGGACGCUUAUGUUCCUAAACAGGACGAGAAGAUCAAGUCUCCACCGAUACUUCCUCCCCACCUCCUCCAGGUCAUCCUGAACAAAGACACAGGAAUUUCUUGUGAUCCUGCAUUACUUCCAGAGCCCAACCAUGUUAUGCUCAACCAUCUUUAUGCUCUUUCCAUAAAGGAUGGCGUGAUGGUGCUUAGUGCGACUCAUCGCUAUAAGAAGAAGUACGUCACCACUUUACUGUACAAGCCCAUCUGACUGCAGGACUGUCUUUUGUGUGCUACAUCACCUCCACCUCUAUACCUCUCACUGGUUUGAUCUGU